AUGGCGGCUUCCUCUGGCGCGGCCGAUGUCAGACCAGCAGGAGGGGCAGGCGACAGCCAGACGCCGCCCGUGCCCAUCGUGCUCCUGCCGGGCCAGACCUACGCGCAAAACUUUGACGGCCUGGCAGCGCACGGCACGGACCACCCAUUCCCGCCCGAGGAGAAGAGCGGCCUGGAGGCGGGCUGGUGGACGUCGCGUCCAACCUACAGCGCCAGCACCGGGUCCUCCGCGCAGGGCGGCGGCCUGUUUAGCUACGGGCAGGAGGGCAGCGGGGAGCGCGCGCUGGGGUCGCUCACCUCUAACCAGAUGCACCACACCGCCUGGGGCGUGGCCUUCAUGGUCAAUGAACACGAGACCUCCGACACGUAUCUGUGGGCGCUGGAGGUGGCGUACAACGGCGAGCAGUGGAGCGCGGGCGGCUUCAACAGGACCUCGAUGUUGGUCUUCGACUACAGCAUUGUGUCCACGGCGGACUACGAGCGUAGCCAGAAGUGGGGCUACUUCGACGUGACGCCCGGCCUUUGGAUGGUAAAAGACAGACUGUCGUUCACCAGCCCAGUGACCGGCGGAGAGGAGCGAGAGUUGAACGGCAACGAGCCGGCCAAUCGUCGGGCCGUGAAGCACACCCUGGCAAUUGACGACUGGGGUAAGGACAAGAUUGUUCAGCUCAGAUGGACCCACAGGGACAGAGAGGGCAAGGACAAUGCGAUGGCGAUCGACGACUUCAGCGUGACGCUGGUGCCGCUGAGGGAGGUGCGAGGUUCCGCGGCGGCGCACCAUCGCAAGCGCACCUGGCUCUACGCCGGCAUCUCGGUCGUGGGCGCGGGGCUCUUGUUGAUCAUCGCCGGACUGGUCAUCACCCUCAUCAUCAAGCGGAGGCGCAACGCCCGCGAGGGCGAACACAGCUACGCCCUCCUGCGGCGAGACGAAGAGGGAGGGGACGGUCUUGGCCCAGGCAACACGAGCAUCAACCCGCCCGAAGUGUACGUCAUCCCUUUCUCGAUCUGCAACCACGCUCCAUUGCUGCUUACCAUCACAUACGUGAUGCCGAUCCAGGGCAGUGAUGAUGCCGACUCCGUACGCCCUGGCUAUGCCUCCGAGAGCUGGCUUUCGUCCGGACUCUGA